AUGGAGCUAAUGCAGCUGAGGCAAGGUUCUAUACCUGUGGCUGAGUACACCAACAAGUUCGAAGAGCUUUGUAAGUUUUCUCGGGUGUGUCAAGGUGACCUGGAGACCUUCGAGAGCUGGAGGUGUAUUAAGUACCAGCGCGGUUUGAAAAAUAGCAUUAUGACUGUUGUGGCUCCUAUGGAGAUUCGUGUCUUCUCUGACUUGGUAAACAAAGCAAGGGUAGUGGAGGAGUAUGCCAAGACCGUGGCGGUAUCCAAGGACACUCAUAGAGGGAGCUCUAGUCGUGGGCAUGGACAAAGCCUCAAAAGGAGAGGAUAUGCACCUCAAGGCCAUAGGGGUUUCAGAAGGAAUAAUCAGAAUCAGUUUCAGUAUGCUAAGGGGAGAGGAAAUCAGAGUAAGAAUUUCCCGGACUUGACUUGUGUGCGUUGUGGUCGUUUCUACCCUUAUGACUCAUGCAAGAUUGGUUUUGGUGGUUAUUUCCAUUGUGGGUUACCUGGCCACAUUGCGAGGGAUUGCACUCAUGGGAGGAAUUGGAAUGCGAACCAGAGUCAACAUCAAGGUCGAGUCUUUGCUAUGGAUGCCAAGGAUGCCCCCAAGGUGGAUCCGUUGAUGAGAGGUAUAUGUCUAAUUGGUGAUAAGUCCUUAGUUGCAUUAUAUGACACUGGAGCUUUGCAUUCGUUUAUCUCGUUUACUAAAGUUGAGGAAUUAGGUUUGAAAGUGUCAGAGUUACCUUUUGUUCUGCAUGUACAUACUCCACAUCAGAUAGUUAUGACUAGUGGGAAAGAGUGCCAGGGUUACAUCUUGUUAACUGCUAAUGCUUCGGGCGAUACCCAAGGCUUAGACCAGAUUUUGGUGGUUAGGGAUUUUCUGAAGGUGUUUCCGGAAGAUAUUCCUGAAUUUCCACCUCAAAGAGAGAUUGAGUUUGCGAUUGAAUUGGUGCUGGGAGCCGAACCAGUGUCGAUUGCACCGUAUAGGAUGGCUCCGAAGGAACUGGCCGAGUUAAAGGUUUAG